AUGGCAAGCAGUCUUGCGGGCUAUAGAUUUUACAUACCCUGUGAAAGCGGUCUCCUCAAGCCAUUCCUCAAUGAAUCCGAUAGGCGGAUGUUGUCAAUUCAAAAAUCUUGCAACUGUGAAAUCCGCCUUACCCAAGAAGCUCGCCUCAAACGGGGCCAGAAGGUUAGAGCUGUAAUAGUAACGGGCCUUGAUAAAAAUUCUCUUGAGUCCUGUCUUCGUCGACUUGAUGACACCUUUCCCCGAUUCUAUGCAUGUGCUAACCUGCAGAGUGCAAAAUCGGCUCUCAAAAUUGUGGAACUUAAGAGAUACCUAACCGAUGAGGACCUGGUCAUUGACAAACCGUCGACACCGAUUACGUACUAUCAACUGGCUUUCAAUCUCGACAGGUCAGAUAUACCAAGCUAUGAAAUAUGGCGCGAAGGCUCCGACGCGUCACUGAUCAAAAAAUUAGGUUGUACCAUAGUCGUAUCCUCUAAGGAUACUCCGGGAACCGGCUUCCUCAGGAGGUAUGCCCUCAUAACAGGAGAAAAUAAGAAGGCUGUCAUUCACUCCUAUGAUAUUCUGCGCUCCACGUUUACAAACCUUCCCGAGUACACAGGCGAUGGUUAG